AAGAUAAAGACUUUCGCUGACCAUUAUCCUGUUUUUCAAUUCCUCGUCCUCUCUCAAGAAGUUUCACUUUCUCUAACUAAUACGUAUCUAUAUAUUUUCGAAACGGUGUCUACGGUAUGUCAAUCGCGUUCGAGAGAAAUAACUCCGGCAACGAUCGUCGGGUCGAACGGCCGGGAUUAGCUUGCCACCAGAUGAAUUUUGUAUGCCCUAUGUAUAAUUCGGAGGAUUGUCAGGCAGCUGAUCGGAGUCCAGAUGAAGUGGAGCAACUGGAGGAGGAACGGACUGAUUCUGUAUCGUCGUCAUCGACGUCUUCGAUUGGGAAGAACAGCGAUGAUGAGGUGUCGGGCGAUGGCGAUGGUGACGGCGACGGCGAAGGAGAAGAGGUGCAAAGUGAAUACAAAACAGGGGCCCUAGAGAGUUUGGAUGCUUUAGCUGAAGUUUUGCCAGUAAAGAAAAGUAUUUCGAAAUUCUACUGUGGUAAAUCUAAAAGUUUUACCAGUCUAUCCGAUGUUAUAUCAUUGUCCUCCGCAAAGGACAUGGUUAAACCAGAAGAUGCUUACACUCGUAGACGCAAGAACUUGAUUGCACACAAGUACUACCUGGACAAGAAUUUUAGUAACAUUUUAAGAAGCAACAGUGGUGGCAUAUCGAAAAGAUCUGCCAACUCUAGAAGCACAUUGCACCUUGCAGCAAACAUGAGUAAUAACAGCAGCGCUUCUAGCUCGUAUUCAACAUCACCUAGUCGCUGCCUUCCUCCUCUACCACCGCAUGCAAGAAGACCCACAAAUUGUGAAUCUUUAUCAUCAUCUCCUGAUGAGAAGUUCAGAUCAUUGCGAUCUUUCUCUUUGUCUGAUUUACAAGAUGCUGAUGCUGUGAGUCCAAGCGUUACUGGCCUAUUGGUCGACAAGAGAGAGAAAUAAUGCAAAUCAUGUAGAUCUUUCCAUCCCUAGUAGUUCAUCGAGGCGAAGACAUGCAUUGUUUAAUGGCCAUUAAAGUUAUUAUAGUAGUCAUACUUUAUCCUCUGUUAAUGAGUUUUGUUUAAUGUAUUAUUACUAUUUUCUUCUCUGACUGCUGUUCUUGUAUAUCUCAAUGAAAUUUUUGCAAAAUCAGAAAAGACACCCACCAUGUCGUCUUCUUCUCUCCA